CGACGGCGCCUCUACCCUGCCGAGUGUGGCGAGAGCUUUUAGUGAGAACCGCCAUGAGCAAGCGGAACCAGGUGUCUUAUGUGCGGCCUGCCGAACCUGCCUUCCUGUCCCGCUUCAAGGAGCGAGUCGGCUACAGGGAGGGGCCCACCGUAGAGACCAAGAAAAUCCAGCCUCAGCUCCCAGAUGAUGAUGGUGAUCACAGUGACAAAGAAGAUGAACAGCCUCAAGUAGUGGUUUUAAAAAAGGGAGACCUAACAGCUGAAGAAGUCAUGAAAAUUAAAGCAGAAAUAAAGGCUGCCAAAGCAGAUGAAGAACCACCUCCAGCUGAUGGAAGAAUCAUGUAUCGAAAACCUGUUAAGCGUUCCUCAGAUGAAAAGUGUUUGGGUUUAACAGCAAGCUCCAAAAAAAAGAAAACAAAUGAAGAUGGUGUAAAUGAGCAGAGUUCAGUUAGAAAGAACUCACUAAAACAAAUAAGAAACAGUAGUCUCCUUUCUUUUGACAAUGAAGAUGAAAAUGAGUAAGUAUAAACAUUGUGGACUUGGUUCCCUUUGAAAGCAAUGUGGUAUUUUUUUAAAACAUUAACUUUCCUAUAUCUUAAAGUGACAAUUUUCCCUAGUACUACAAGUUCAUUAUAGAAAACUUCAAAAACACAGGAAACAAAUUCAUGAAAUAAACCCAUCCAGUAAUGCCUCUUUGACUGGAAAUGUUAGACAUUCACUACUGUUAACAUUUUAUUACCUCCCACCUGUGGGUAUGUAUAUAUGUAAAUUAUAUUUUUAAACAAACUGAGAUUGUUAUAUAUAUUCUUUGUCCUGCUUCAUAUUUAGAAUUGUAUUGUCAGAAUUUUCUGAAGUUGCAUAUUUCAAAAAUCUAACAUUAAUAGCUCACAGAGAAUUUUAUAAUAAAUAGACCUGUCUUAAUCAUUGUUCUGUUGAUGUAAAUAGACACCAUGACCAAGACAACUCUUAU